AUGCCCGACAGGCAAAGCAGCAGCGCAUCGCCAACGAAAGCAAAGCUGCAACCAGUCGACAGUCAUCGCCCAGCAACAACAAGAAAUGGAUCCUCGAACAAGAAGCAUCGCCAUGUCGCUCAUGUCAAUGCUGUGGACAAGGCGGCAGCUCUGCGCGCACAAAGUGAGCGGGAAAUGCAAAAUGCACUCCAAGACGUCCAGAUGCGAUAUCGUAUCUACAACAGCGAGAUUGAGCCCGAACACGAUAGCGACUACCCCUGUGCAUGUCCCAUCCAUCAAUAUCAACGCAUGAAGCGCUCUCGCCGACCUGUAUUGACACAAUGGUCAGAAGCAGUCAUGUAUCCAGGCGAGAAGAUCUAUCACGACUUGGCACCGCAAACCACCAUUUUCAGUGGCAACCCGUAUCAACUUCGUGUUACUUCGCCGUACGGCUAUGGUAAUACGGCGUGGGUGCAGUCACAUCCUCGCCCAAACUACCAUGUCAAAUUCAUUCAUCAGACAAUUGCGCUGAACAAUCAAUUGAACCAUGAGGCGCAGGCCAAGGUUGAUGCGAUGGAGCCAAAGCACAGCAUCUGGGACGACAAGACACUGGAAAGCGUAAUGUCAAACUUGUCGGUCGCACCUGAGAAAAGCACGCCACCGGCUGAUGCCAAAGGUUAUCCAGCUGAGAAGGCAUCCAGCUCCAACUCAACAUCACGACCAGAUGGUCAGCCUGAGCGCAGCAACACAUCCAGAUUUGCGGCGUUCAGGAAAGCUGUAGGUAUCAAGUCAUCAGAUGAGAGAGCGGUAGCCAAAUCUGAGAAGGCGAUUGGCCGAGGCAUUCAGUUGCGACACGACAUUCUGGCAGAAGAAGCAGGUCGUUGGCCAGACGAGGAGACUCGACAAAUCGUGGCGCAGUAUCAAGACAAGGUCGGCAUGGAAAGGAAAAUCGCCCAUCUCCGCACUCACCAACCUUUACAAUAUCUCCACCUAUUGCGAGCAGGAUAUUUCGAGCCCAUACCUGUCGCCUGGGCUGAUCAAGCUAGCAGUAUACUCACGUUCAACAUAGAAGCUGCCGGAGGCUGGCGAGGCAUCACACCACAAUGGCGAGGAUACGAAGAUACAGCUGAAGAACGUCUGUACUGGGUGUUGAACCACAGAGAGGGUCCGUCAAACGUUGUGCGCAUGAAGCCAGACUUCAUCUCCGAGAUGAACAUGGCUCGCGAUCGCAUGGCGAAAGCUGUGGAACCGCCGCCAGAUUACUACUCGGCCGAUGAUACUUGUCAUUUACAGCAUACUUCCAAGGGAUACUCGAAACAAGUCAUGCCGAGCCCUUUCAGGUCCAGCGAUAGACCAGAACUACCCACAGAUGACACCAUGAUUCUUCUUGAUAUCUCUGGAUCCAUGGACUUUGACCCGAUUCGUCCCGUUUACGAUCAAUACCUGAUCACUGGAUACGCUCCAUCCACACAGCCAAAGAACAAAGAUGUCGCAAAAGCCAUCAUCCGCCGCUUCAUCGAUGCAAUGGCAAACCACGACCACGAAUUCAAUGGCUACGACCUCGUUACCUUUUCAAGCCACGCCAAAUUCGUCGGCACGAUAAUGCACACCAAUCUUGACAGCACGUGGAACAGGAUUGCAAUCGGGGGAGGCACUCGCGUCAUGACCGGCUGGCAAAAAGUCAAGCAACGCCAUUUCGACAAACACUCCGAGUCUGCAACGUAUCAUCCCGUAUAUGGCUGGCAAGCAGGACCUCAAACACCCAUGCUGCGUUUACUGCUCUUGCUCGACGGCGAAGCAACCGAUAUGGAUGAGUUCGAACUCGAACUUUUAGGCUUGUCCUGGGCGCAUGUUACAAUCUUCUUGAUUGGAGUUGACGGAUGCCCGCAUCACCAUCGCCAUGCGAAUGAAUUGCAGAGGAUUAGCGAUGUCAACCAUCAUGUUUCGUUUGUUGAUGCGCAGGGCAAUACUCCCGAGAGGUUUGUCACGCACGAGUUGUUGAAGAGGCAUUUGGGGUACGACGUUUCAAUGGCCGAAUUCCGGGAGCUUGAGGAGUUGCCUCCGUACGUAGAGUAA